AGUUUUUCUUGACCUAAACUCCGAAAUGGCACGCAAAGCAGAGGUGCAAAUCGUUAACCCACCCAGCGAUGUGAUAUCGACGGUGAAAUUCUCUCCCAAAACCAACCAAUUCUUGCUCGUCUCAUCGUGGGACACCAGCGUCCGGCUGUACGAUGUUGUCAACAAUACGCUGCGGCACAAGUUUUUCCACUCCUCACCGGUGCUGGAUUGUACUUUUUUGGAUUCCGUAAAAACCGUCAGCGGAGGGCUGGACAAUACGGUGAAGCUGUACGAUUUGAACACACACAUGGAGUACAACCUGGGAACGCACGAUGCAGCGGUGAAGUGUGUCGAGUACGCGUCCAUGGUCAACGGGAUCCUCACCGGAAGCUGGGACCGGACGGUGAAGCUGUGGGAUGGUCGCGAGAAGGAGUGUGUGGGAACGUACGACCAGAGUGCCGGCAAGGUGUACUCGAUGAGCUGCAUCGAGGAGCGGCUCGUUGUGGCCACUUCCGACAGGAAGGUGUUGAUCUGGGAUCUGCGACACAUGAGCAACUACGUCGAGCGGCGUGAAUCGUCCCUCAAGUAUCAGACCCGCACCGUGCGCUGCUUCCCGAACAAGGAAGGGUACGUGAUGAGUUCCAUCGAGGGCCGUGUGGCACUGGAGUACUUCAAUCCCAGCCCGGAAUGGCAGAAGAAAAAGUUCGCAUUCAAGUGUCACCGGUCGAAACAGAACGAUAUCGAGCAUAUCUAUCCGGUGAACGCAAUUAGCUUCCACAAUGUGUACCAUACGUUCGCCACGGGCGGUUCGGAUGGGUUCGUAAACAUCUGGGACGGGUUCAACAAGAAGCGGCUGUGUCAGUUUCACAUGUACGACAGCUCAAUUUCUAGCCUGUGCUUCAGUGACGAUGGAAGUGCAUUGGCGAUCGCUUGUUCGUACAUGGAAGAGGCUGAAACCCCGCCGGAACCGUACCCGGAACCGACCCUGUACGUACGUUACGUGAGCGAGCAGGAAACAAGACCAAAGUAG